AUGUCCAUCCCAACGCAGAGGGCGGUGAUCGCGACGACGGUGGGCGGACCAGAAGUUCUCCAAUACCGCACUGAACACCCGGUUCCUGAGCCCCAGGAGGGUCAGGUACUGGUCAAGAAUGCUUUCUCCGGAAUCAACUUCAUCGACACCUACUUCCGCACCGGCCUGUACCCUUCCCCGAAACCCGAGAUCCUCGGUCGAGAGGCAUCGGGUGUUAUCGUUGGUUUGGGGCCGGGGACAGGCGAGUCUGGGCUCAAUGUGGGCGAUCGCGUUGUCUGGCUAGGCACAUCUGGAUACGCUGAGUAUACCGCUGUGCCUGCGGCUAGGACUAUUAGAAUUCCCAGCGGCGUGACGGACGAGGUCGCCGUAGCGAGCUUCAUGAGCGGUUUAACAGCCUUGACGCUUACGCAGGAGGCGUACGACGUCAAGCCUGGUGACUGCAUCCUGUUGCACGCAGCUGCUGGGAGUGUGGGCUACCUCAUGACGCAGAUCCUGAAGUCAAAAGGUGCCACGGUGAUUGGCACCGUGGGUGGCCCGGAAAAGGUGACCCUCGUCAAGAACUUGGGAGCGGAUCAUGUCAUUGACUACCGCAGCGAAGAGGGCAAGGACUGGCCGGGUAUUGUCGAUGAAAUAACCGGGGGGCGUGGCGUAGACGCGGUGUUUGACUCGGUGGGCAAGUCUACAUGGGAGGGCAGCAUUGCUUCGGUCAAGAGAAAGGGCGUCAUUGUGUGGUUUGGCAAUGCCAGUGGCCCUAUUCCACCACUGCUUUUAAGCCGCCUCUCUCCAAAGUGUAUCAAGAUCGCCCGGCCGACUCUAUUUGGCUACAUUGCGACACGCGAUGAGUUCCAACAUUACUCAAGUGAGCUCUUCCAACUGCUAAGCUCAGGAGAGCUCAAGGUCAGCAUUCAAAAGGUCUAUCCUCUAGACAAAGCGAGCCAAGCACACCAGGAUCUGGAGAGCCGCAAGACCGUCGGUAAAUUGCUACUCAAAGGAGAUAUUUUGUGA